AAACUCAGCUGUGCACGACACUGACAAAUAAGCUGUAUGUACCGGCUUUAACAACAAAUGCAUUUAUUUUGCACAACAAACGAAUCAUGAAGACCAUACCUGUAUUGAGCAAAGAAAUUGCUGCCGUUUUUAAACUAAAUGGAUUUCUCACACGAUCUGAAGUGAGAACAUUUUUGGCCGAACAACUGCAGCCGCUAAGCAAUGAAGAACAAAAGGAAUGGUUGAGCAAUAUUGCAUCUCAUAUACAGAGCCAAGGACUACCAACGCCCAAUGUUGAAAUAGUUCAUAUUGAAUUAGCCAUCAAGGAAAACUGUAAUGCUGGUCUUGAAGAUGGCGAGACUAUAUUCUCCGUUAUAAAUGCGUUCGAUAUUCCAAAGUAUAAAUACGACAUGGAACGGAAAAAGUAUUUCAUCGAAGACAAGCCACGCAAUCUUCUACCAUCGGCCACGGCACGCUCUGAAUUUUUGAUCGAUCGUUAUACAAUGCUUUGGCAAAGAACAUGCCGUCAUGAACUGUUUGCCGCAUCAAUUCCAGGCAUAUCGGUUGAUGUGAAAAAAUUUCAACUACGAAAAAUUGAAACACUACUCGCUUCAACCAGCGUAAAAGAAGUUGUUGUGCUCGGACUACUCGCUCAAUUGAAAGAGAAUAAAUUUUUCAUCGAAGAUCCGACGGGUGCGGUUCAAAUCGAUUUAUCUUCUGUACAAUUUCACAGUGGCUUCUUUUGCGAAGGUUGCUUUGUACUGAUUGAGGGUAGUUAUGAGGAUGGGAUUUUAAAGGCAUCGGGCAUGGGAUUUCCACCAUUUGAAGAAGCGGCAAGUUCACGUGCAUAUUUUGGCUCGCUGAAUACAUGGGGUGGUCGUUCGAAGAUACUUCUCAAAAGUUCAGCACGUUUAUUGGAAAUUGAACGAGCAAACACAGAUGCAACCAUUGUAUUUUUGGCCGAUUGCUGGCUGGAUGAUCCAACUGUCUUACAAAAAUUGCAAACUCUUUUAGUGGGUUACAAUGAUAUGCCUCCGGUGGCUAUUGUUCUGAUGGGCCCAUUCGUUCGAAACUUAACGAGCCCAAUGCAACUCAAAGCACGUCUUCAGAUUCUUGGUGAAAUCAUUUCAAAUAAUUGUCCGACACUAAAGAAAGAGACCGAUCUUGUGAUUGUUCCAGCGCCUGAUGAUCCAAUUGCACCGGUUAUUUUGCCACGAAUUGGUAUGCCCGAAAGCUUAUGCGCUGGCUUGAAACGAUUAGUUCCGCGAACGAUUUUAGCAUCAAAUCCAUGUCGAUUACAGUAUUGUACACAACAAAUUGUUGUCUGUCGCGCUGACUUGGUUACGAAAUUAUGUCGAAAUACAAUCAAUUUUCCGGAAACGGGCAAACUUGAGGAUCAUUUUGCGCGCACUCUCAUUUGUCAAGGAACAUUAACACCGCUCAGUCAAAAUACAAUGCCAAUUUAUUGGAAUAUGGAUGCUUCGCUGGCACUUUAUCCACUGCCCGAUUUAAUUGUCGUCGGCGAUCCAAGCAAACCAUUCGAAAUUCAACAUCAUGGAUGCACUGUUGUCAAUACGGGAUCGUUUCCAAAGUCAAAGUUUACAUUCAAGGUAUACGUGCCCUCACAAAGAAUUGUGGAGGACUCUCAAAUUCCAGAUGAUGACUAAAUCUCACUUUUUUAUUAUUCAUUUAAGUUAUUCAUAGACUAAUCCAUGUCAUUAAGUCCCCAAUAAAAAGUAUAUACAAGUAAA